GCCAGCCAAGUGGGUCAUGUUUCAUGACGGUAGCAGAUGACCAGAGGUGGGCGGAGGGGCCUGGAGACAGGUAUAAGCCCCUGUAGAGCGCCCGGAACAGCCACAGGAAAUCCAGAGAGAGGAAGGGCAGGAAGCAGAGCCAGCCUCGACCCAGGAGGGCCAGGGGAAUUAGACCUUCUGGAAGCCUGCCUCCCAGACUCCCAUCCACUCCAGCCUUCCUGCAGCACACAGGCUGCUACUUCCCCAGAAGCCUCUGGGGAACCGAGAGCGCCAGACAGCAGAGCAUCUGGGCCCACCGAGGCAUUCCUCUCCGUCAGCCUCUUGACUGCUUGAAGGAUGGGCCCAAGAAGGAGAGCCAGGGGCUGCCUGGCCCCUCUGCUUUCCCUGCUCCUGGCCUAUAGGGGCUGGGGCUACCCUAUUCCCGACUCCAGCCCCAUGCUCCUGUUUGGGGGUCAGGUCCGCCUGCGCCACCUGUACACAGAUGACGGCCAGGACACCGAGGCCCACGUGGAGAUGGGGCCCGACGGCGCAGUGCGAGCAGCGGUGGAGAGGAGCCCCGACAGUCUUCUAGAGCUGAAGGCAGUGAAGCCUGGUGUUAUCCGAAUCCUGGCGGUCCACAGCUCUCGGUUUCUGUGCAUGAGGCCCAGUGGCGAGCUGUACGGAGCGGUACAAUAUGACCCUUCUGCCUGCAACUUUCGGGAACAUCUGCUGGGGGAUGGCUAUAAUGUGUAUGAAUCGGAGGCUCAUGGGCGGACCCUCCGUCUGUCCCCCCAGGCCUCUCUGGGCCAACCUGGCCCUUCCCGCUUCCUGCCACUUCCCGGUGCCCAGCUGCCUGGCACCGAGCCACCCUGGGGAGAGGGCCCCGAGCCCCCGGACGUGGGCUCGGCAGACCCACUGAGCAUGGUGGGGGGUGCGCAGGGCCGCAGCCCCAGCUACUCCUCGUGAGCCCAGCCAGCCCCCACCCCACUUGGCUCAGGCAGGCCCUAGCCGCUAUUUAUUCUGAGGGCUGGGCACCUCAAGUCUUAUUUAUGCCUUUUCUAGCUCGUCUUCUGAGCAAUAAAGCAGCAAGAACACCAGCA